AUGGCUUCUUUUUCUUCUUCUGCUAUGGUCUCUCAUGUCAAACAUGAUGUGUUUCUUAGUCUCAGAGGUUGUGACACCCGCUCCAAUUUUGUCAGCCAUCUUCAUGCUGCUUUACUUCGAAACCAAAUACAAACCUACAUGGAUCAUAGACUUGACAGAGGAGAGGAAAUUUCCCCUGCAUUUUGCAAAGCGAUCCAGGAAUCAAUGAUUUCAGUAGUCAUUUUCUCGCAAAACUACGCUUCUUCCACAUGGUGCUUGGAUAAGCUUGUUCAGAUGCUUGAAUGCAAAAGAAGCAAUGGGCAGAUUAUUAUACCAGUUUUCUACAAAAUGGACCCAUCACACGUACAGAAGCAAAAAGGGAAUAAUGCAACUGGACUUAAUGAACUUGAGAAACAUUUCAGAGACAAGAUUCAGAGGUGGAGGGCUGCUUUAACCGAAGCAGCUAAUCUUUCUGGUCGGGAUUCAUAG